UGCCGGCGCGUCCGUGCUCUGGGUUGAGGUGGCUGGGGCCGAGUUGCGGGGGCGGGACGCGCGGCGCUAUGGCCGAGGGCAGCGGGGAAGUAGUCGCAGUGCCCGCGACCGGGGCUGCCAACGGCCUCAACAAUGGGGCCGGCGGGACCUCGGCGCAGACUAACAACCCGCUAUCGCGGAAGCUGCGUAAGAUCCUGGACACACGGCUGGACAACGACAAGGAGAUGUUGGAAGCUCUCAAGGCACUCUCAACGUUUUUUGUUGAAAAUAGUUUGCGCACUCGAAGAAAUUUACGUGGAGAUAUUGAACGCAGAAGUUUAGCCAUCAAUGAAGAGUUUGUAAGCAUUUUCAAGGAAGUGAAGGAAGAACUUGAAAGCAUACAUGAAGAUGUUCAGGCAAUGAGCAGCUGUUGUCAAGAUAUGACAUGUCGCCUACAGGCAGCAAAGGAACAGACUCAAGAUUUAAUAACAAAAACAACUAAGCUUCAAGCUGAAAGUCAAACAUUAGAAAUAAGAGCACAAGUUGCAGAUGCCUUCUUAUCCAAGUUCCAGCUGUCUUCUGAUGAAAUGAGUCUUCUCCGAGGUACAAGAGAAGGACCUAUCACUGAGGAUUUUUUCAAGGCAUUGGGAAGAGUAAAACAGAUUCAUAAUGAUGUCAAAGUUCUCUUGCGUACAAACCAACAAACAGCAGGUUUAGAAAUUAUGGAACAGAUGGCCUUGCUUCAAGAAACAUCUUAUGAAAGACUUUACCGGUGGGCUCAGAGUGAAUGCAGAACAUUGACGCAAGAAUCAUGUGACAUAUCUCCAGUACUGACUCAGGCAAUGGAAGCCCUGCAGGAUAGACCUGUCUUAUAUAAGUAUACCUUAGAUGAGUUUGGAACAGCCAGAAGAAGUACAGUUGUUCGUGGAUUUAUCGAUGCUCUUACAAGAGGGGGCCCAGGAGGUACACCUAGACCCAUUGAAAUGCACUCCCAUGACCCUUUGAGAUAUGUAGGAGAUAUGUUGGCUUGGCUCCAUCAGGCCACUGCUUCUGAAAAAGAACACCUUGAAGCUCUCUUAAAGCAUGUAACUACACAAGGUGUUGAAGAAAAUAUUCAAGAAGUUGUUGGACAUAUUACUGAGGGUGUGUGCAGGCCUCUAAAGGUUCGAAUUGAACAAGUAAUAGUUGCUGAACCUGGGGCAGUUUUAUUAUAUAAAAUUUCUAACCUCCUCAAAUUUUAUCACCAUACAAUCAGUGGCAUUGUUGGAAAUAGUGCAACUACAUUGUUGACUACCAUUGAAGAAAUGCAUUUGCUGAGCAAAAAAAUAUUCUUCAGUAGCUUGAGUCUUCAUGCCAGCAAAUUAAUGGACAAGGUUGAACUCCCACCACCUGAUCUUGGACCAAGUUCUGCAUUAAAUCAGACACUCAUGUUGUUGCGUGACGUUUUGGCAUCUCAUGAUUCUUCAGUUGUACCGUUAGAUGCCCGUCAAGCCGAUUUUGUGCAGGUUUUAUCAUGUGUCUUGGAUCCUCUCCUCCAGAUGUGUACUGUAUCAGCCAGCAAUUUAGGCACGGCUGACAUGGCUACCUUCAUGGUCAAUUCACUAUAUAUGAUGAAGACAACAUUAGCUCUGUUUGAAUUCACUGACAGACGUCUGGAAAUGCUACAGUUCCAGAUUGAAGCACAUUUGGACACACUUAUAAAUGAGCAAGCUUCUUAUGUUUUAACUAGAGCAGGCGUGAGUUAUAUCUAUAACACCAUACAGCAACAUAAACCUGAACAGGGCCCUUUAGCUAAUUUUCCCAACCUAGAUUCUGUGGCACUGAAGGCUGCAAUGGUUCAGUUUGAUCGCUAUCUGUCAGCCCCAGACAACCUGUUAAUGCCACAGCUGAACUUUCUUCUAAGUGCCACAGUGAAAGAGCAGAUCAUAAAACAGUCUACAGAAUUAGUCUGCAGAGCCUAUGGUGAAGUGUAUGCAGCUGUGAUGAAUCCAGUCAAUGAAUACAAAGAUCCAGAGAGCAUUCUACACCGAUCACCGCAGCAAGUGCAGACACUUCUCUCCUGAUUAUCUUCUUUGAAUGUGUUAGCAAAAUAUUGCAUUCCUAAAACACUGAAGGUUUUCUUGGUUUUUAGUCUGUUAGUCUUUACUUUGAAAUUUGAUGGUUACAGUUUUCUUUGUAUCAUAAGAAUGCAGCUCCCAAUAAUUGCUUUGCUUUGGUCACAGUAAGGUGAAAGUAAGUAACACGUGUUGACUUGAGUUGGCAUUGCUCUGUAUCUGCAUUCCACAUCUCUCCAGCUCUGCAGUUCCCCUCAAUUCUGGAAUAUAAAUAUGUGGGAAAAGAGUAGUAUGAGAGGUAUGAGGGAUUUUUUUUUUUUUUACAAGAUUAGUUCUAAAUUAACUGUACAUUAAAAAAUUAUCUAAACUUAGGAAUUAGUUUGAAGGUAUGACCUAGUAAAUAUCUCUUUACCUAAAGAUUCAUUUGCUUUCUUGCUAGAUACUGUGAGUAGGUACACUUAGACUGAGGAGCAGAAAUGUACAUUCAGCAAAAAUAGGAAAAAGAGAGAAGUAAUUUAAAGGUGACUUCUACUCUGUGUCUGCCCUAGACUGAAUUCAAGGUGAAGUCUGGCACUUCAUGUGGGAUGUAGGCAUCCUGUGCUGCAUGUAGAUCUAGUGUUGAAAGAAGAAUAUUUGUGGUACGGUGUGGACUCUAACUUCAACCAUCUACACACUUUGGUGUUCAAACCAGAGAAAUAAGGUGUCCUCUCACCCUGCACGAAAAAUGCCAGAGUAGCGAUGGCUAAUUGGCAGUAUGUCUAGCCCUAUGGUGGCCCCUUGUUUGGGCUCUGACUUUAGAACCAUACCAAGAGUAAGAUUCAAAAUCACUGUUUUUGUUUUUGUUUUUUUUUAAAAAAAAAACAAAACAAAUCUAAAUGUGUUUGAUGUGACUUGACUUUGACUUUGUUGGUAAGAUUUUGAGGACAGAUUUUUAUUAGCAAAAUAUCUUAAUUUCUGGUAAAUCCAUAAGAAGAGCUAAGUCUCUAAAUUAUAAAUGAGAAAAUGAGGCAUAAGGAAAAAA